AUGACUGCCGCAAAUACCCAUCCUACAUCCGACCAUCAGCACAAAGGUACAAAGCGCUCGGCGCGAGAGGCGGCGCUGUCUGAAGACCAAAAACGUCAGAAUCACGUAUCGUGCGAACAAAGAAGACGCCAGGCCAUGCGCGAAACCUAUGAUACACUGGUGGAAGUGGUGCCCGAUCUAACCACUGAUCACAGGCGCUCAGAAAUGCAAAUCUACGCUAGAAGCUACAAUUACUUAGUGUGGUUAUACCAACGAAAUCAGGAGCUGCGAAAGCGAGUAGAAGAGCAGACCGGUUCAGAGGUUCCGCACUACCUCGCCUGGGAAAUUCCAACCACGCCACGCAAAAAUUAA